AUGAGUUCAGUCGCGAAGCCCGCUGUUGUGUCUACACAGCGAGAGACGAUCGCGACGCUCGAUUCGUUCCUUCGCUGGCACCUCCACGGCGCUGGCUUCAGCCACGUCUACCUCUACUUUGACGCGCCGGAGACCGAGCCGGACGCGCUUGCGCUCGCACGCGACGAGCGGUGGGGCGGCCGCGUCACCGUUUUUGCUGCUGACGCUGCCUUCCGCCAGCGAGAGGGCUACUCAGCUCUGCCGUCCUUUGACGAGCUCGCACCGAGCGUGGAGACGCACGUGCAGUCGCGUCAGCGGCUCAACUGCGAGCACUGCCUGCGGGCGUGCGCCUCUGCGGGCGUGGACUGGCUGCUGCACGUCGACAGCGACGAGCUGUUUGUGCCGGCGGCGGGGGAGCGCGCGCCGGCUCACUUUGGCCGUUUAUCUGCCCGCGGCUGCUGGCAGUUCACCUACCGAAACCUCGAGGCGGUGCCGACCGCUGCGGCGGCGGAAAGCGGCGACUGCUUUGCGCUCGUCGACCACUUCAAGCAGCACGAGGGCUCGCUGCCGGCGGCCGCGCUGGACGGGACGAGCGGCGCGGCGAAGGCGGCGCUGCAGCACUGGCUCGACCGGUCAGUGGCUCGGCUGGGCCGGCCUGCCUGGUACCUCUUCUACUCGAACGGCAAGUCGGCCGUGCGAGUCUCGUCGGCGGGCCAGUGCAGCGGCGUGCACGGGUGGGCGAGCGGCGGCGCGGAGGAGUCCACACACCGUGCUGGCGGGGGGUGGCUCACGAACCUGCAGAGGCGGCCGCCGCAGCCCUCCUCCUCGCGCCUCCUCGUCGAGGAAGAGGGGGCCGUGGUGCUGCACUACGCCUGCUGCACGCGAGUGGGCUUCGCGUCCAAGGACUGGCGCGCGCUCGGCUACCUCGACGGCGUGGGAACCUCGUGGGCACGCCGGUGGCAGCGGAUGCGCGACAAGGAGGAGAGGACGGGGAGGCUGGGCGAGGGCAGCUUGGGCGAGGGCAGCUUGGGCGAGGGAAGCCUGGGCGAGGAGCACCGCGCUCUGGUCGGUCUCGCUGACUCGGAGCUGCUCGAGCGCCACGUCGAGGCGGGCGUGCUCGUAAAGGACAGCCGGGUGCGGCGGUUCCUGCGCGGCGCCGCUUCUUCGCGAGACCCGACCCCGUGCGGCGAGGGCUGCGGCGAGGGCUGCGGCAGUGGCGGAGGCGGAGGCACACGCAAGGCGCGAGCUGCGGCGGCUCCGCUGGCGGCCGGCGAGCUCGAGGGAGGCGUGCGCGCGCUGCGCCGCAGCGGAGGGUGUGUGUUCAAGGUGGGCAGGACGGGCGGGGGAAGGGACGGCGGAGGGACGAAGCACUGCGAGUCUGCCGUGCGAGGGGACGAGGCCGCGGUGAUCGGGAGAGGCGAGGAGGCGUGCUUGCCCGGGCUGCGCCCGCUCCUGCGCAGGGAGGACGAGCUGGUCGCUGCGAUGGCGGGGCCGGCCACCGAGCUGCGGUCCGUCACGUCGCGCUCUCACCCGAUGUGCGCCUGCUACCCGGGCGGAGGGGCGAGGUACGUGCGCCACUUGGACAACCCGGGCGGCGCGGGCUGUAACGGGCGGCUGCUGACUUGCCUGUACUACCUCAACCCGGCCUGGCGCGGGGAGGACGGGGGGCAGCUGCGCCUCCACCGCAGGGACGGGUCUGUGGUGGACGUCGAGCCGCUCCUCGAUCGGCUGGUCCUGCCCGCCUCGAGACCUCGCUGGGCGAUCUCGACGUGGUACCACCGCCGCGAGGCGCAGCCGGCCCGCGAGGGGGAGGGGGAGGGGGAGGAGGUGAAUAUUGGCAGCGCGGGCGGCGGCCUGAGCGAGUGCAGCUUCGGCAACAGCACGGAGGAGAUCGAGAGCUUCCUGCUCGCCCUGCUCGCCCUGAAGGGCGGGGAGGCGCAGCACGCGCCAAAGGCCACGCACUACCGCGAGAACCUGAGGAGCUGGUAG